CCGGCCGCCCCGCGGGCCACGCGCAGGUCGCGCUCCCCGUCCCCGCGGAGAACGGAAGAGGAAGGGCCGCCGCCGAUCCGCACAUCGCCUGUGGCUUGCAGGCAGCCGGAGCACGCCGAGGGCCCAGACCCUGCCCUCUCGGCUGUCCGGCCGGAGAGGAAGAGUGUGUGCGUGUGCGUGUGUGCGUGUGUGUGUGUGUGUGUGCGCGCGCGCGCCCCGGACUUAGCAAGCCCCCCGGCUGCCUGCACACGACCCUCCGCUCCCAGACCCCCUGGUCCCGCCCCCGGUGAAUGCAGCUCGCGCGCCGGGCCACGCAGUGCGGCCCGGGGAUCCCGAGCGCCGCUCCCCGGGGCUCCGAACCCAGCCGAGGGUUGCAGAACCCCGCGCUCAUCGGCCGGCUGCUUUGCAUCUCAUGUACACAGCAAGCUCGGGGGGGUCGACGCCCGCCCGCGCGCGCGCGCCCCGACCCCUCCGCAGACCCGUGUGGCUUCCUCUCCUCUAGACACGCUCCCGAAGCCUUACAGUUCUGUCAUUGUCCCUGCCAGGCCCUCCUUGCUCCGCAAGUUUCCUUCCCCCCACCCCCCACCAUGAGCACCCCCACCAGCACGGGUAAAAACCCUGCCCCGCAUCCCGGAUCCCGACCACCCGGUGCUCCAGAGAAGACAAUACUCCAAUUCUCUGGGAAGUGGGAGAAACCAAGCUGGACCUGGGGGUGCGUGGGGACCCCACUGGGGCUUUGGAAACGUCAAGUGGUCGAUUCAUCUGCUCAGCAUUCAGACACUUUGCAUCUUAGUCUUGAUGGGCGUCCCAAAAUUCUUCAUUAGUAUGAUUGGGGGGGUCCCUGAUCCUGCAUUAGAGAAGUAGGUAGCCUGGGUUCCCCCCACACACAGGGGUAAAGAUCGAGGGGGCCCGCCCCGUGAUGUCAUCCCCCCCCCCCAUACACACACCCUGUCUCCUUCCUCCACACACACCCCUACCCCCAAGCUAGUUGCAUUUAGCUCACAGGGUUUGGGCUCGGACUUGCAGGAGUUUAGGAAGCAGCGAGCACGGAGGGCCUGGAGGGGUUGCCUGCGGCCAACGGCCACCCCUACGCCUAGGAGCUCUGGGCUGGGGUGAAGCUGGAGGUCCAAGCAAUUGCACCCCUUUGCUCUCUCCUCAGCCCCGGAGGGUGGUUUACCAACCCCGGACAGAUAGUGAUGGGUGGAUGAGAGACGCUGACUCCAGCCUCCCACUCUGUGACCAUCUCCCCGGCUACCAUGGAGAAAGCCUUGCUGCCCCUGACUCUAACAUCUGACCCGAGGCCCUUUAACCAACAACUCCCAGAGCCUCCAGACCUGAGAUGUGUCUUGGAACCCCAGGACAGCCUUGAGUUGGCCCCUGCCUUAGUCUGUGCUCUCUGCUGCUGCUUCGGCUACCGCUGCUUCAAGGCAGUGAUGUUUCUCUCCGGUCUGCUGUCAGGAGCUCUGGUGAUCUUCCUACUGUGCCACAAGGAGAGGGUGCUGGAGACACAGUUGAGCCUGGAGGUGAGCGCAGGCAUCUCGCUGGGCAUCGGACUCCUCUGCGGCCUGGUCACCAUGCUAGUCCGAAGCGUUGGGCUCUUUCUGACCGGUCUCCUGCUAGGUCUAACCCUGGGCGCUGGAACCUUACUGGGCACUGAACCCAUCUACCAGCCACAUUCGGCCUGGGUGCCAGUCGGUGGACUGAUGGGGCUGGCGCUGCUGGGAGCCCUGCUCACGCUCCGGUGGCCCCGUCCGUUCACGGUCCUAGGCACAGCCCUGCUAGGUGCUGCGGUGCUGGUGGCCUGUGCUGACUACUUCUUGGAAGGGCUGACCCUGGGCACUCGGCUGGGCGAACGCCUGCAGGCCCUCCCGGAGUUGCUGCCUCUUUGCUGGUAUAGCUGGGUCUUACUGGGGACCUGGCCGAUCUUGGGGGCUCUUGGGACACUGGCCCAGUGGAGACUCAUGACUGAGGAACGUGGAAGCCACACCAAUGUGAUCUUGAGCCACCAGCGAAGGCAUCUCCAGCUCCUCCGGAUCCAUCAGCAAGAGGCUAAGCGGCAUCGGAACCCGUCUGGAGUGGGACUGUGCCAUGGCAGCUAUCGGAGUCGGCUUCCCCCCAAUAUCCAGAACCCUGGUGACAGGCUGGCUCCAAGUUAUCUCCAGAGUCUGCGUGAGUGCCAGCUGGAGCCGAGCACCCAGGCCACAGCCCCCCACACUACCCUGGACCUGGAUUCUGACUGCAGUUCCACCCGCCUCCUGGCCACACCUUCUCACUCUGCCCAGACCUGAGCCUAAACUUCCAGAGAUACUGACAACCCUAGUGAGGGCCGGAGACUGCUAAGUGGAUGGGGCCUGAGCCCACGGGACCCACACCAAUUUCCCUACCUCUUGGAUUGGGGAUGGGCUCCGUGCUCAGAUCAACCCUUUUAGAGACAGGCAGAGAGAAUUCUUACAGAUGCGGGAGAGUGAAAGCACAGGCACCUACCUCUCUGUCCAGUAGUAGAGACGCCCUGGUUCCUAGGGACGCUGACUCCAAACCCAGGUGGUUUACCCAAAACAGUUUUUUUUUUUCCUGUAAGUUCCUGUAAUGCUGAGAUGGAACCCAGAAUGUUGCCCAUAGCAGGCAAGCAUUCUACCACUGAAUUAUAGUCCAUUCCCAAAUAUCCAUUAACAUGUCUCAGUGUGCCUUACUGUGGUAAAAUACGGGGCUUUUUUUUUAUAGGACCUAUAGAAAAUUGGGGAGCUCCCGAAGGCAUUUGAUAAGUUUUUUUGGUAGGGAGAAUGGCACAGAAGUACUCCAAGAUCCCCAGCCCCCAGGCUCCUUAUUAGGGGUAACUGGGCUUCUGCUCGGCCUUUCUCCAUGGACCCCAUAGUCUGGAGUCCCCUCUACCUCAGUGGGGAGCACAAUCCUCCAUGGUGCUUUCUCCUCUCUCUUCAAUGAGGGAGGACCCCAGAGUCUGCCUCAACUCCCCUCUCUCCAAAAGCUGGCCCCUUGCUCCAAGAGAGCCUUGGCUCACAUGGCUGACGCUUGCCUCCUUGCUCAGAGGGACCCGGGCUUUGGGUCUGCGCGGCAGUCAAGUGCCUUCUCUGACUCUCGGUGUAGGUGAUGCCAGUUUCCUCCCCAGCCAGAGUUUGGGUCCAGCCACCAACCCCUGCUAACUCUCCCUCCUCCGACUCUCCUGAGCACGUCGGCCUCCUGGCCUCCCGGACAGUAUGAAGGAAGACUACCCCUCCCCUUCCCGAGCAGCAACUCUGUGAUGAGAGGGAGGAAGAACAAGGGCGCACGGGAAUAAAAUGGCGCUGAAAAUUCAACCGGGGAGUCGAACCUCAACUGUUGCUUUUCACUUUCUUUGCACCACAAAACAAAGGGAGUCUGUCCCCCAAAGAUCUGCUGUGGCACCUUUAUCAUACACACUGUGUAUGGGAUGCGUAUAUACGUAUGAUACAUAUAUAUGUAUAUGAAUAUACAGGAAGUUAGCCUUUAUUAAAUACAAAUGUGUCAGACUCUGUCAGACACGUCACAUAUAGUAUUUCACAUAACCUAGCAACCCUGUAACGUUGAUAAUAACCUUAUUUUGUUAAUGGAGAAUCCAAGGCUUUACAAGGGUAAUUAACCUGCUGGAAGCCGCCGUCCAGCGGCUCAGGGACUCCGAAGCCCUUGCUCAGUUUACCUGCUGUGUUCUUUCUUCAGUUUGCCUGGGAAGAACAGAACCCAGGCGGCCAGUGGCCCAGCCACCGCCUCCUGUCAGCUCAGGACCCAGCUGACAGCCAGGCAUGGUCACAGUGCCUUAAAAAAAAAAAAAAAAAAAAAAA